AUUCGCGACGUUCGACUUUCGUCCCGGAUGUGGCUCAGGCGAGGACCCGUAGUGACGUCAGCUGAUGGAAAUUGUCAGAGUGGCAAGAUGGCGACGGAACCAAAUAAGACAGAGAUCCUCGGCAUCUUCAAGAGGCUGCGAUCGGUUCCCACCAACAAGGUAUGUUUCGACUGCGCUGCUAAGAACCCCAGCUGGGCAAGUAUCUCCUACGGUGUGUUCCUGUGCAUCGACUGCUCCGGCAUCCACCGCUCCCUGGGGGUGCACCUCAGCUUCAUCAGAUCCACUGAGUUAGACUCCAACUGGAACUGGUUUCAGCUCAGAUGUAUGCAGGUUGGAGGCAACGCUAACGCGACGGCCUUCUUCCGCCAGCAUGGCUGCUCUACAAACGACACCAAUGCCAAGUAUAAUAGCCGCGCAGCCCAGAUGUACAGGGAGAAGAUUCGGCAGCAAGCUAACGCUGCGUUGUCUAAAUAUGGCACAGAUCUCUGGAUCGACUCCUCUGCUGGAGGCACCCCUGCAGCUCCCGAGAAGAAAGAGACAGAUUUUUUUGCUGAGCAUACUCUGCCUGCUAACGACUGGAGUGUGGCGCCGCCCCCUGAGCCAGAGCAGAACGGAGCCGCCCUCACCCCACAGCUGACGGACACGACACCCAAAGUCCAGGAAGGCACCCAGCUGGAGGAAGGACCCAGUAUCGAGGGUCUGAGCACGUCACCCAAAGCCUCCAUUGAUGUGAAACCGUCCAUCAUUGGGAAGAAGAAGCCCAUGGCUGCCAAAAAAGGGCUGGGAGCAAAGAAAGGCCUGGGAGCCCAGAAGGUGAGCAGUAAGAGUUUCUCUGAGGUGGAGAAACAGGCACAAGUAGCUGAGAAGCUCAGAGAGGAGCAGGUCGCUGAGGCAAAGAAACAAGCCGAGGAAUCCAUUGUGGCCUCCAUGCGCUUGGCUUACAAAGAACUGGAGAUCGACAUGAAGAUGGAGGAAAAGAAGCUUCAGAACAUGGAGGGCAAGAAGAGAGAGCAGGCCGAGCGACUGGGCAUGGGCUUCGGAAACAGGAGUGCCGUGUCUCACUCCGUGAUGUCAGAGAUGCAGGUGAUCGAGCAGGAAACUCCCGUUGGAGCCAAAUCCUCGUCCUCUCGCUCCAAACUGGACAUGUUUGAUGAGCCGGGCUUCACCUCCGGACCCCCGAAGUAUAAGGACAACCCGUUCACAGUGGGAGAUAGUUUUGGAUCUCGGUGGGACACUGAGGGAGGAGGCGCCUCCUUCUCCACGUCCUGGGCUCUGGAGAAGGAGGACCCCAAAGAGGAGGUCACCAUCUCUAGUAUUCAGCCGAUUGGAGAGAGACUUCCCAGCAGGAGAAAAGCUGAGGUGCCGGCUCCGGUGUCAGAGUCGAGCGAGGCCAGGCAGAAGUUCGCCAACGCAAAGGCGAUCUCGUCCGACAUGUUCUUUGGUCGGGAGAGCAGCGCCGAGUACGAUGCUAAGACGAGACUGGAGAGCAUGUCCGGCAGCACCUCCAUCAGUUCAGCCGACCUGUUCGGAGACGGCAGUGACCAUAAAGGGAGGGCAGCUGGCUUCGAUGGCGUGCUCCCCUCGGGCCCUGACAUCGCACAGUUCAAACAGGGUGUGAAGUCUGUAGCGGGCAAGAUGGCCGUCCUCGCCAACGGGGUCAUGAACACGAUCCAGGAUCGUUACGGCUCCUACUGAUCAGUGCCGACCGUGGGAAGACGUACUGACGCCCGUGUAGAGCGACCAGCCUCCUGACUGACCACGAGCGUUUGGACUGGACGGACGGGAGAGACGGGGAAACGAUUGCAUGGGGAGGAGAAGUCCCUCGUCCCUCUAGAGACAGUUUUACAGGAGUGAGACAGUAUUUUCUUCUCUCGUUCUCAUUAGCAGACUCUUGUUUUAUUUUCUUAAAGGAAACCAUCGCGGUGUCGUCUUUUUUUAAGCCAAGAGUCAUGUUGUAAAAUACCACCGAGAAUUUUUUGGUCUUAGAUUUUCAGAGUUAACUCUUCUAUAUUUUAUUCCUUCUACAUGAAUCAAAGUGUCGUUUCUGAUGAUUAUUCCGAACUUCUUCAUCUUGUUUUUAUCAUGAUAUUAAAAAAAGUCACGGUUUAUAUUUUCAUCUUUCAGUGUUAAUCUGAAUCCACAGGUUGUUUCAUUUACGUUCAGCACUGACGACACCGUCGUGAUCGUUGUGAGCUCGGGAUCAUGUGUUUCUAUCUGGGUGAAGGAUCAAUUCACCGAAUCCCUGAAGUGUCAAACAUCUGACGUCCUCGCUGCUGUGGUUGUUCAUCGUCUGUCUUCUGACAGGAAGUUGAACCCAGGAAGCACUCGAGGGACUCAGAGUCCGAUACUUCUGGUUCGUGGUGUCGGAGCUAUUGGAGAUUUCAAAUUAAACCCAGACUAUUGUUAAAGUUGACGUAACUCCCAGCUCAGAAAACAACGACUCUGUUGUGUCUAUGCAUCAUUUCCGUUUGACUUCGACUGAUGAUGAACCUCAACACGUUCUGCGGAUGCUGCCAUUUUCCCCUCAUCACUUAAACCUUUUAUUUUGAAAGUCCGAUGUCGUCAGUUUACAUGUUUAUCUUUUACGUUUCCGACGAUAAAAAAAAAAACAAAGAACCAUUUCAGUCUUUGUAACACUGACCAGGUCGCAUGCAAGUGAACUCAAACCCACUGAACCGUCUGUUUCUGCUCGCGACACGAGACUCACAACGUAUUGAAAGAUUGUGUUCAACCACGAGAAAUUACAAACCACGCAGAUCGAAAGGAAGAAGCAUUCAACUAUUUAUUUGUAGGCUACAAAAAGAAACGUAUUCAGUAUGUUAAUAAAGAUUUAAAACCUC